AUGAUCGUCCUUCCGAGGCCUACUAUGCUUCCGAAUCUGGGAGCUCCUAGUGCUCACAGCACAAAUAUCGAGUCUUCUGGCUCACGAUUCGUCCACCACUAUCAUCCUUACCGCAACCCUCAACACCAUCAAAGUCAACCUCACAACAGCCGCCAUCAUCAACACCAACCUCAAAUGGGCCAUCUGCAACAGCAACAGCAUCGGCGUCAGCUCAGCCAUCCACAUCCACACCCACACCGACAUGACAGUCCUCCUCGACGGCAAGAGCAGCAACUGCAGCAACAACCACAGCAACAGCAGUAUCAUUCCCCGCAACCUCAGCAAGCCCUUCACCAUCGGCAGCACUCACGAACCAUGCCGUCGUCCCUGAUCGAGCGUCUGCCGCCAGAUGUCCAAAAGACUGUCUUCUCGUACCUUGACUACGAAGCCCUCAUCCAUCUAUCCACCAUGAAUCGAUACUUUCAUCGGGUUCUAGAUCCCCAGAGGAUGGCCGACCCGGCAGACAAAGCACAGUUCAUCAUGAGAGCGGCAAAGGACUUCCCCCAGCAUCGCCCGAGCGAGAAGGGGCAUGACUACAAGCCAGGGAACUUUGAGUGCUACGUUUGCUUCCGUGUGCGAUCGCCAGAGCAUUUUGACAUGCUGCAGCCCCAGUCCGUCUACGUCGAUAUCCACGGUCAAAUCGUCCGUGACCGAGAGCCUGACACGCGGUCGGAUAGGCUCAUCAUGCUUCGACGAUUUUGUAUCUCGUGCGGCGUGGACACGGGCAUCCAUGCUCCGUUCGACUGUCUCACUACACGGACGGGGCGCGAUCUUUGGGUCUGCAGGUGCAGGAAAGUGUGGUCCAAGCCGCUCUGUCUUCGGUGUCCUGACUGCCAAGGAGACUGUCCUCUCCGGCCAAGAAGGAAGCUGGGUGUUGAUCGCCCAUGA